AUGAAUGUCUGCAAAGCCAAUCUGUCCUUGUCUGGACUUACUUGUGCUAGUUGCGUUCGAUCGGUUGAAAGCACAUUAGACAGGCUUCCUGGUUUGGUUCCUUCUUCGAUUAAAGUCAAUUUAUUAAUGAGUAACGCGGUCCUUGAAUACGAAGAAAAUCAAAUAAGUAUUGACAAAAUUAAGCAAGCUAUACUUGACGCUGGUUUUGAUGUUGAAGAUGUUAAAAUUGAAAAGAAAAACGAAAAACCUUCCUUAUCAAAAAAAAAAGUCACCAUAAUUUCAAAUGAUCCUUCAACUCAUGAAGAAAAAAAUGCAAAUCGUGACACAUCAACAAAGUUAAUUGUUGGUGGUAUGACGUGUGCUUCUUGUGUAAGCGCUAUUCAAUAUUCCCUUGAUUCAUUAAAGGGCGUCAAAGAAGCUCAUGUUAAUUUGCUUACCGGUGAAGCAACUAUCAAACAUGAUAUAAGUCAAAUUGGAAUACGCGAUCUUAUUAAAUAUAUUGAAGAUACAGGUUAUGAAGCUGAAAUCAAGAAGAAUCAAACUAAUAAUAAAAAUUCAAUUCGACAUCGUGCAGAAAAAGAGCAAAUACAUCUUCGCAAUCGAUUCCUUGUUUCUUUAUGCUUCGCCAUUCCAACAUUUUUUAUUGAAAUGAUAGUCAAAAUGGCUUUAUCGGAUGAUAAUCCUUUAAACAAAAUGAUCAGUCAUCAAUUGAUUCCGGGACUUGAAGUUGGAACCUUAAUUUUAUUCCUUCUCGCAACCCCUGUUCAAUUUAUUCUUGGUUAUCCAUUUUAUCUAAAAGGAUUUCGUUCUAUUUGGUACUCUCAUCAAGCAAAUAUGGAUACUUUGGUUGCAGUUGGAACUACCGUUGCAUAUUUUGGAUCUAUUUUCAGUGUAAUACUUCCAAUUGUUCAUAAAGAUAAAACCGCGGGUCAUCAAUUCUUUGAAACCUCAAUAUUUCUUAUGACUUUUAUUAUGCUCGGUAGAUGGUUAGAAGCCAAAGUGAAAGGUAAAACUUUUGAAACAAUAACGAAACUUAUGGAAUUACAACCAGACAAGGCGACCCUCAUUACUCUUAGUUACGACGAUAAAAAUAAUGAAAACAUUGUCGAAGAAGAAAUUGAUUUAGAUCUCGUUCAGGUUGGUGAUAUUCUUAAAGUUACUCCCGGAGCAAAGAUCCCAUGUGACGGCAAAAUAUUCCGAGGUACCACAUCCUUGGAAGAAUCAAUGUUAACGGGCGAAUCUAUACCUGUAACGAAAUUUGUUGGUGACGAUGUGAUAAGCGCAACAGUAAAUUUAUCAUCAAUGAUUUGGAUAAAAGCCACACGCGUUGGAUCUGAUACUACACUUUCACGUAUUAUACAAUUAGUUCAAGAAGCUCAAUCAA